AUGGGAGACGCACUCGUGCACAAAGAGCAUCUGCUCGUGGUCUUUUUCCAGCCCAUCUCCCCGCAAUUGCUGGGCAUCAUCCAGUCCAAAUUUCCGCAGGCCGAGGUCUCGACGUUGUCGUUGCCCAGGGGAAAAACGAUUCCUAGUGAACAUGCCCGUAAAGCUACAUUGCUUGUGACAUUCACAAAUCUCCCGAACCCAGAAGAUGCGCAAAAUCUUAAAAUCAUCCACUUCCUCUCCGCCGGCCUAGACCACUCCUUGCAUCAUCCAAUCCUCCGAGAAACCUCUAUCCCGGUCACCACCAGCUCUGGCGUCCACGGCCCCCCAAUCGCCGAAUGGACCGUCAUGAACUGGCUCGUCGCUUCGCGCAAAUACAAUUUUACCUACGAGAACCAGAAAAAGCAUAACUGGACGGGCGUCAAUGCGUACGUGCAGGAUAUCCAUGACAACGUUGGCAAGAAGGUCGGGAUUUUAGGAUAUGGGAGCAUUGGGCGACAGAUUGGACGAGUCGCCUCCGCCCUCGGCGCUAAGGUAUACGCCUACACAGCCUCUCCACGCUCCACGCCCUCCUCCCGAAUCGACAACGGCUUCAUCGUCCCCGGCACCGGCGACAAGGACGGCUCGAUCCCCGUGUCCUGGCACCACGGGACCGACAAGGCCUCUCUACACGAAUUCCUCUCCCUCGGCCUCGACCACCUUGUCAUCUCGCUCCCCCUUACCCCGGAAACAACGAACUUCCUCGGCGCCGAGGAAUUCGCGCUGCUCAGUGCGCGCGCAACACCCGGACACCCGAAACCAUACCUGACGAAUAUCUCGCGCGGCAAGGUCAUCGAUCAGGAUGCUUUGAUUCAGGCGCUGAAGGCGGGCGAGCUAGGCGGUGCCGCGCUGGACGUGACGGACCCCGAGCCCUUGCCGGAAGAUCAUCCGUUGUGGGACACGCCGAAUGUGCAAAUCAGUCCGCAUGUGAGCUCCCUUGGGGUGGAGUACUUUCCGAGGUCGUUUGAUGUGUUGAGGGAGAAUUUGGCAAGGUCGGAGAGGGGGGAGGGGUUGGUUAAUGAGUAUAAGAGGGGUAAAGGGUAUUGA